AUGUGGCUCUUGACGGCUCUGCUUCUUUGGGUUCCAGCUGGUGCGCAAGCGGACCUUACAAAGGCAGUGAUCACCUUGCAGCCUCCAUGGGUCAGUGUAUUUCAAGAGGAAAACAUAACCUUAUGGUGUGAGGGACCCCAUUUGCCUGGGAACAGCUCUACACGGUGGUUUCUCAAUGGCACAGCCUUUCAGACCUUGACCCCCAGAUACAGAAUCGCUGCUGCCAGUGUCAGUGACACUGGUGAAUACAGGUGCCAGACAGGUCUCUCAGUGCCAAGUGACCCAGUACAGCUGGAAAUCCACAGAGAUUGGCUACUACUCCAGGUCCAAAGCAGAGUCUUCACAGAAGGGGAACCUCUGACCUUAAGGUGUCAUGGAUGGAAGAAUAAGCUGGUAUACAAUGUGGUUUUCUACCAAAAUGACAAGGCCUUUAAGUUUUCUGCUCAGAAUUCUGAAUUCACCAUUCUGAAAACCAGCCUGAGUCACAAUGGCAUCUAUCACUGCUCAGGCAUGGGAAGGCAUCGCUACACAUCACCAGGAGUCUCUAUCACUGUGAAAGAGCUAUUUCUGGCCCCAGUGCUAAAAGCAUCCUUGUCAUUACCACUCCUGGAGGGGCAUCUGGUCAACCUGAGCUGUGAAACAAAGUUGCUCCUACAGAGACCUGGUUUGCAACUUUACUUCUCCUUCUACACGGGCAGCAAGACCCUGAUGAGCAGGAACACAUCCUCUGGAUACCAGAUACUAACUGCUAAAAGAGAAGAUUCAGGGCUAUACUGGUGUGAGACUACCACAGAAGAUGGCAGUAUUGUCAAGCGCAGCCCUGAGCUGGAACUUCAAGUGCUUGGCCUCCAGACACCAACUCCUGUUUGGUUUCAUGUCCUUUUCUAUCUGGCAGUGGGAAUGGUAUUUUUGGUGGACACCAUUCUCUGUAUGAUUAUACAUAAGGAACUGCAAAAACAGAAACAGUGGAAUUUAGAAAUCUCUUUGGGCUCUGGUCCUAAGAAAAAUGUAACUUCCUACCUUCAAGAAGAUAGAUACUUAGAAGACAUUUAG